AUGGGACAACUGCUGACGAAACUCCUAGGAGGAGGAGGAGGAAGGCAAACGACUGCGAUUACGACUCCUCGCUUUGGCGAUGAUGAAAACGAGUUUGAUUUUGGAGAAGAAGAAUUGUGCGCGCCACUUUGGGUGCUGGUCAGACGGUACCCCGACGUCUGGGGGGAAGUUUUAAAGCAUCUGAACACCACGGAUAUAAAGUUUUUGUACGACGUCAACCGGGAGAGCCGAUUCGUGAUUAGGAGGCAAGGGUACGUCGUGCGCGACACGAAGUUUCGCAUCUCUGAGUUUUCGAGCGUUUCAACCUUGGAGUUUGCCUGGGAAAACAUUCCAAGGAAAUCGGAUUCAGUCCACCGAGUGGCUGGAUCCGGUCAAGUGACACUUUUAAGGUGGUUGAUCGAGGAGAAGAAGGCGACGUUUGACGAGCGCGCGACGUUUCACGCGGCGACGUACAAGCGAUACGACGCGUUGAAGUUUUUGGUGGAGAACGGAGCGCCGAUGACGAAAGACGUCAGUCGCGUGUGUUCGUCGAACGGAGCCGAAGAUUGUUUACGCUUUGCGCUCGAUAACGGCGUGGAAUCGGAUUUCAUCUGUAGUUCAAACGCGGCGGAGAACGGACACUUACAUAUUUUGAAAUUUCUUCACGAGGAGAAAGGCGUGCCGAUUAACGCGGAUACGGCGUACAGCGCCGCUAAAAACGGACACACGCAUUGCCUGAAGUAUUUGAUCGAGGACAAAAACUGUCCCGUGAACGAAUGGGCGUGCACCUGGGCCGCGAAACAGGGUCAUUUGGAGUGUUUGCGUUAUUUGCACGAACACGGUGCGCCAUGGGACGAAUUCACGUGUCACUCUGCCUCUGGAAAUGGCCACGGGGAGUGUCUGAAAUACGCGUUCGAGAACGGAUGCGUGAUGAACGAAUUCACGAUCAAUUACGCUUGCGAGAGAAAUCACAUAGAGACGCUUCGUUUCGCAAGAGAUAACGGCUGCCCGUGGGAUUCGUACGCGGCUGCCGACGCUGCGGCGCACGGGAAUAUCGAGUGCUUGAAGUACUGUCUCGAAAACGGUUGCCCCACGGACGUAAAUACAACGCGCAGGGCGGCCGGCUCGGGGCAUCUCGAUUGCUUGAAACUCCUCCGCGAGUUUGGCGCGCCGAUGGACGAACGCGCCGUCGCCCGAGCGGCGAAAGGAGGAUACCUCGAUUGCGUAAAAUUUCUUCACGAAAGUGGUUGUCCGCACAACAUGGACGCGUGUAAUCGCGCCGCGGAGUACGGACAUUUGGACGUCUUGAAAUACCUCCGCGAAGUCGCUCGCGCGUCCUGGAACGAGUGGGCGUGCCGCGGCGCGUCUCGGAACGGACAUUUGGAGGUUUUGAAAUACCUCCACUCUCAAGGCGCUCCUUGGGCGAGCUACGUGCCAUAUCCCAUCGAGUCCGAUUGA